AUGAAGACGCCCGAGCUUGUGCACGACAUCGCGAAGGAGGCCAUCCGCGCGUGCGAGGGCCUCGGCGUGCCGGUGAGCGUGAAGCACCGGCUCGGCGUGGACGACCAUGACAGUUGGGAGGAGCUCGUGUCGUUCGUGCGGCUUCUGGCGAACGCGGGCGUCACCCAUUUCACCGUGCACGCGCGCAAGGCGCUGCUGGGAGUGCUGAGCGCCGAGGGCAAUCGCACCAUCCCACCGCUGCGCUACGACUGGGUGUUCGCCCUGGCGGCCGCCUUCCCGGAGCUCAGCUUCGAGCUCAAUGGCGGCGUGUCGUGCACGCGGGAGGCCCUGCGGCUCCUGGCCGCCGACGACGGGCGCUUGGGCGGAGUGAUGGUCGGCCGCGCCGCCUACAAGACGCCGUGGGUCCUCGCGGACGCCGACCGGGCCGUCUUCGGGCGGCCAGCCGCACCCAGCGCCUCGAGGGCGGAGGUGCUGGAGCGCUACCUGGAGUACGCCGCGGGCACCUUCUCGGAGCGGACACGGAGCGGCCGGGCGCCGCCGGGCCGCGGCGCGGAGGAGCUCGAGGACGCGCUGGCGGCGCCCGUGUCCUUCCUGUUCGAGGACCAGGGGCCCGAGUUCCGCGAGGCGUUGCUGCAGGGGCUGGCCGAGCUGAGGGGCAGCGGGGGCCGCGCGCCGAGGGGCGGGCCGCCGCAGUUCCUGCUGCGGAGGGCCGCGCUGGCCGCCGCAGCGGCCGAGGCCGCCGCCGCGAGCACCCGGGAGGGCGCGGGGCAGGGCGGAGGAGCUGCUGAGCGGGCACGCGGCUCGGCUGUCUGCCGAGACUCCGAGAGCCAGCGUCUCCCCAGGUAG